AUGAGCUUUUUAACCACUUUCUAUCUAAGUGUUACUAUUUUGAUAUCAAAAGCCUAAAAUUUGAAUAAAGUUAGUUCAGUUCAUAGAAUUCAAGAUUAAUAAGAGGAUAAUUUAGAAUUAAAGAGAUGUGAAGUGAAUUAGAUAAAAGUUGAGGAAAAAUGCUUAAGUAAAUAAAAGAUAUAUAAUUAGAUUGUCAUUUCAGUUGUGAAUAAUGUUUUGGGAUAGGAAAGGAUGAAUGUAUUUCUUGCAAUAGUGUUUCUAAGAGAAUGUUAUUGAAUCACUAAUGCAUUUGCAUGAUAUCAUAUUAUGAAAAUCAAUAAUAAUCAGCUUGUUAAGGUAAAUUCAUAAAAAAAUUUUAGAAUGUUAUAAAUUUUGUAAAAAUUGUAAAGGAUCGACUGGAAAUGACUGUUUAAGUUGUUAUGAGAAUUAUGAAUUAAUAAACGGAAACUGUGUAUGUAAAUUAGGCUAUUUUUAUGAUUAUGACAAUAUGGAAUGUAAAUGUAUUAAUAAAUUAUUAAAAAAUAAGAAUGUAAUUAUACUUGUGAAUUUUGUUUUGGCUCUGAAGAUGACAAUUGUUUAAAAUGCCAGCUUGAUUCUUAAAGAAUAUAAUAAGAUAAUAAAUGUAUAUGUCCUGAUGGUUAUUUUGAAAUAGAAAAUGAUCCAAUUUGUAAAAGUAAAUAUAUAAUAUCUAAGAAAGAGUGCCAUAUAAAUUGUCUGACAUGUAAUUAAUACGAUAGUUGUCUAAGUUGCUCAAAUGAAAAAUAAUUGGUAAAUAAUAAAUGCAUUUGCUAAUAAAAACAUUUUUUAUACAAAUAAACUUUUUUGGAUACUUGCAAAUGUAAUAAAAUUUACAAUAUUUAGCUUGUAGUAGAUUAUGCUUGAUAUGUACCGGAGAAUUAGACUUUGAAUGUUCAAGUUGUGUAGCCCAUAGCACUUUAGAUAAUUAAACUUGUAAAUGUGAUUAGGGUUAUUUUAUGAUAAAUAAUGGAUGUUAAAUAUGUGAUUCAUCAUGUUAAGAAUGUGUGAAUAUUAGUACAUAAUGUUCUAGUUGUCAUACUCCAUAUAUCUUGGUUAAUAAUCAAUGUGUAUGCGAAAGUGGAAAAUAUAAAGAUUCAUAUGGGAAUUGUUUAUCACAUGUUAUAUGUAAUUAACCUGGAGUUAAUUCAAAUUGUACACAAUGUUUAAAUGACUAUAUAUUAAGUCCAUCAAAAACUUGUGAAUGCAGUUCUCCAAAUUAGGUAGUUAAUUCUGUAUGUAAAGGUAAGAAAUUAAAAAUAUAAAGGUUGCUUAUCAAUAUUAAAUAAGUGUUCUAAAUGUACUAGUUCUACUUAUUGUGAUACAUGUAUUGAUGGAUUUUAUUAAUCGUCAGGAAUAUGUCUACAAUGCGAUUAAAGUUGCAAAACAUGUUCUGGUAGUUCAAAUGGAAAUUGUCUUGCAUGUGUGUGUAAUUCUGGUUAGUAUUGUGAUUCUAAUCUUAAUUGCUAAACAUGUCAUCCAACUUGUUAAUUAUGUACAAGUACUUCGUGCACAUAAUGCUUAUCUAAUUUUAAUAGAAUUCUUAAUAGCAAUAGCUGUGUUUGUAAUAUUGCAAAUGGAUUUUAAGAAAUUGGAAUUCUUUAAUGUGAAAAUAAUCAAUGUAAAAAAGGAUGUGUAAAUUGUUAAGCUAAUAAAACUUGUUUGUCUUGUAUGGGAAGUGAAACUUUUAGAAUUGAUAAUCCUUCAUUAGAUUGUCCUUGUUAAGAUGGAUAUUAUGAUAAUCAACAAAGCAUUUGUUAAUGUAUUUAAAAAUAUUUACAAUUAAUAGAAUGUCCAUAUAAAUGUUCAAAAUGUUAAAUCUAUUCAACUAAUACUUUACCAGUAUGUACUUCUUGUUCACUUAAUAGAAAUAUUAAUGAUUUUUGUAGAUGUUCCAAAGGAUUUUAUGAAAAUGCUAACAAUUGCAUUGUCUGUCCUUCAAAUUGUUCUAGUUGUAUUGAUUAAAAUCGUUGUAUCUAAUGUAAAAAUAAUAAUUUUGAUCAUGAUAAACUUAAUGGAAAAUGUCUAUGUAAUUUAAAUAACUUUAGUAAUAAAUAAAAUUGUGAAUGUUUAGAUGGUUAUUAUCUUAACACAAUUAAUAAAAAAUGUUUACGUAUUUUAUUAAUUUAAAAAAUAUAGCUUGUAAUUAUAAUUGUAAAUCUUGCAUAUAUAUGCCUAAUAAUUGUAUAAUGUGUUAAAAUAAUCAUGCUUAUCCACCAAAUUGUGAAUGUUCUCCAGGAUUUUAUUUAUAAGAUUAAUAAUGUUUACCUUGCAAAAAUAAUUGUUUCAAAUGCAAAUCAUAAUUAGAAUGUUUAGAUUGCUCUGAUUAAAUGCAAUUAAUCAAUAAUAUAUGUUAUUGUUAAAUAGGAUAUUUCAAUUUACCUAAUUCAUAUGAGUGUCAAAUUUGUGCUAGUUAAUGUUCUACUUGUAGAUAUAAAGAUGAUAAUUGUACAUCUUGCAAAUUUAAUAGAAUUUUACCAUAAAAAUGUAUAUGUCCAGAUGGAACUUAUGAGUUGAAUCUAUUUACUCCAUGUAAGGAUUGUGAUAAAAAGUGUAAACUUUGUGAAUUAUCCUCUAACAAUUGUUUAUAAUGUUCUUUUAUGAGAAUAAAUCCUCCUAAUUGUAAUUGUUAAGUUGGAUAUUUUGAAAAUGAAUAAUAAAUCUGUCAAGAGUGUAAUAAAAAAUGCAAAUCAUGUUAAAAUAAUAGUUAUACUUGUAUUGAAUGCAAUAUGAGUAUUUCUACUCCACCACCAGAUUGUAUAUGUCCAGAUGGAUUUUAUUUUGAAUCAGAAUAAGGUUGUGUUUAAUGUCAUUUCAAAUGUAAAACUUGUAUUGGUUCUAAUGAAUAUAAUUGCCUUACUUGUGAUGAAUCUAAGAAUUUUUAACUUUUAUUUAAUAAAUGUGUUUGUUAAAAAAAUUAUUAUUUUCAAAAUGGUUAAUGUGUUUAUUGUUCUAUUGAAAUAGAAUAAUGUUAAACUAUUUAAUGUGGAAACGGAAUUAUUUAAAAAAAUGAAUAAUGUGAUGAUUACAAUAAUUUUGAUAGAGAUGGUUGUUCUAAUUAAUGUAAAAUAGAAGAAGGAUAUUACUGUGAAUCUAUUUCUAAUACAAAAUUACAUAUUUCAAUUUUAAUGACUAAAUGUACUUAAUGUAUUGAAUUUUGUAAAAAUUGUAAUAAAUAUAAAUGUUUAAAUUGUUAAAGUGGAUAUUUUAUGACUCCAAGUUUUGACUGUUAAAAAUGCGAGUAAUUUAAUAAUUAUAUUUUUCUUAGUUUUCAUUGUAAAGAGUGUUCUGGACCAUAACAAAAGGAUUGUUUAUCUUGUUUUAAAGAUAUUCAUUAUGAAUUGGGAUAAAAAUGUACAUUUUGUGAAGAAAUUUAAGGAUUAUAUACUGGCAAAGAUAAAUGUGUUUCAAAAUGUGGAGAUGGAAUGAAAAAAAAUGAUGAAUAAUGUGAUGAUGGUAAUACUAUCAAUAAUGAUGGAUGCUCAUAAAAAUGUAUAAUUGAAGAAGAUUGGGAUUGCACUUAAUAAAUUAAUACAAUAAGCUUUUGUCAUAAAUUAAAUAUACCUAUUGCUACUAUUACUUUUGAUAGAGUUCAAGAUUUUUAUUAAUCUCAAAGAUAGGGAUAUCUUAUUUUUAAUAAGCUUAUGAGAAUACCAAAUAUAUCUAUUAUAAAUUAAUGGUAAUUUAGUUUACUUAAUCAAACUGCAUCUAGUUACACUAUUAAUUUGACUGCUCUUUUAAAUUUUGAUGGUUAUUUAGAAAAAGUAUAAAUAGAUUUAUAAUUCUAUUAAACUAUUUCUAAAAUUUUGUUUCAAGUAGACUUUACAACUUAUAUCAUAAAAGAUGUAGUUGAUUAGUUUCCAUUAAAAACAACCAAUCUAUCUGUAGAAUUGACUUAAUACAUUAAAUUAGGCUAAGAUACUUUAAGUACCUCAAAGGCAUCAAAAUAAUUCGCUUCUUCUGUACUAUUUAUAUUUGGAGGUGUUUCUAUUUUAGGAUUACUUAUGGGAAGCUUAGAAUUUUAUUGGAAUGUCUUAGAUAAUUUAUAAAUUCUAUCUUAUUUCACAUUUAUUAAUGUUAACUUUCCUUAUAUGCAUAACAAAUUCUUAGAAAUUUUUGAAUUUGCUAGAUUUGAAUUUACAAAUAACUAUUUUUAAUUUGAUCUUAUUCAAAAUAUAGAUUAUCAAUAAAAUAAAGAUUAUCCUUUAAUUAUUGAAAAAUAAGUAGAAUAUAAUUUAUUAAUCAAUCUAAGUUCUAUUGCUGUGCUCUGGAUUACACCUUUUAUGUUAUUUAUCAUAGCUAAAAUCAAUCUAUUUAUUAUUCAUAAUAUAUUGAUUAAAAAGUUGAAUAUAUUAUCCUUUUCUCCUUAAGAUAAAUAUCAUGGUAUUACUUAUUUAAUGUGUAAAUUAUUAUACUUAAUUCAUUAAGUCAGUUUAAAAUAUCAUUAAAAUUUCUUUCAUAAUAUCAUUCUUAGAAUUUAUUUAUCCAGUCUCUAUGAUUUAAACUUUUCUAUUUUCACAUCAGCCUAUUGUUGGCUUUGGAAUUAGAAUCCUAAUUUAGUAGAUUACAUAUCAUUCAUUGUUGCUAUAUUUCUACUUUUAAUUUAAAUUCUUAUACUCUUUAUUUUAUCUGCUUCAUUAAAAGUACCUUAUUAUCAAUUAAAAUCUAAAGAGUUUGAAUCCUAAUUUGGUUCUUUAUAUGAAGGAAUUAAUCAAAACAAUCAAAUUAAUAGAUAAAUUUAAUUUCUAUAACCUUUACGAAGAAUAUUUUUUAUGGGAGCUUUGAUUUUAUUUUAUGAUUUUGCUAUUUAUUAAAUCACUUUUCUAAUUUCGAUUUAGAUUAUAUCAUCGUUAAUUUAAAUAUUUUAGAAUCCUAAUUUAAAUAUCUUAUAAUCCAUAAAAGGAAUUACUUAGGAUGUAGGACUUAGUCUAUCCUUAACAUUAAUUUUAUUUUAUUAUGCUCAAGAUAUUUUUUAAAUAGUUGACUAAGAUAUAAUUGAAAAACUAUCCUAUGUUCAUGUUGGAAUUUAUACUAUAAUGUUAUGCUUAGGUCUCAUUAUAGACUUAUAUUAAUAAUUUAGGGUUAUAUUUAUUAAAUUUAAGAUGUCUAGAAUUUGUUAAAAGAAAAAAUAAAUUGAAUAACCUUAACAUCCUUUUGAAUAGAAUAUUUUUAUAGACUUAGCCUAAGUUAGUUCUUAAUAGAAAGCAAAAUUUAACUUUAUGAAUUUUAGGAUUAAUUGA